GAGCUCUGUUUUUUCUUUGUCUUUACGGGCGCUCAUUCAUUGCUUGCUGUGUUGAUCGUGGUGCUAGUUAAACGUUGAAAAAACCACACUGGCUAGCUGGCUGGAUGCAUGCAUUGGUGCUCUCAAACAAGGAACGACGAGCUAGAAGCAAGACAGAAACCACAGAGGCGCGACAGAGAAAGGUACCCCGCUAUUGCAACAGCAGAGCUCCUAGUGCCGACAAACGACCAUGGUGGUGGUGGUUUCGAUCUCGAAUCUUGGUACUACGACCUCAGAUAAUCUGCCAUGGCACACAAGAGCACACAAGAGCGAAUAAUAGGAAGAUAAGCACAACAAACACGUACGGAAGGGGCCGGGGAAGGAGUACGACACUCCGCGUCGGGUUUUGUUUUGUCGCCGAAUGUGGGGGCAUCCGUUAGACCUGCCGGGACUGACGCCCACAG